AUGGUCCUCCACAACCCCAACAACUGGCACUGGGUCAGCAAGAACGCUGGCGAGUGGGCCCAGGCCUGGUUGACCGAGAACUUGACCAAGGUCUCGGCCGAGGAUGGCGACGUCAACGUCAAGAUCAGCAAGGUCGUCAGCAUGGAUGGUGAUGUCGACGUCAGUCAGCGCAAGGGCAAAGUCAUCACAAUCUUCGACGUGAAGCUCGUCUUGGAGUAUGCCGGUGCGGCGCCCGAUGCCGACGACGUGUCGGGUACCAUCACCGUCCCCGAGGUUGCCCACGACACCGAGGAGGACGAGUUCGUGUUUGACAUUGAUAUCUACUCGGAGUCCAAGGAGAAGCAGCCCGUGAAGGAUCUGGUGCGAUCCAAGCUCGUUCCCCAGCUGCGCAAGGAAUUCUUGAAGCUCACGCCGGCUCUGAUUGCCGAGCACGGCAAGGAUAUCCAGCACGCACCUGGCUCCAACCCCUCCAGUGGCUUCUCCACCCCCAAGGUUCACGCACCCACCAGCGGCGCCAAGAACCCGGAGGCUUCUGCUACGCAGAGCAACGCGGGUAGCGUCGUUAACACGACUACAGUCUCGGAUCAAGAGGAGUUCCGCACUACCGCCGAGCAGCUGUAUCUCACUUUCACCGAUCCCCAACGGAUAGCUGCCUUCACCCGUGCCCCUCCGAAGAAAUUCGAGGGUCCCAAGAAGGGUGGCAAGUGGGAGAUCUUCGACGGCAACGUGUCCGGCGAGUUCGUUGAACUUGAGGAGAACAAGAAGAUAACCCAGACUUGGCGCCUGAACCAGUGGCCUGCCGGCCACUUCUCGAAGCAGGUCAUCGAGUUCGACCAGAACGACGUCGAUGGCGUAACCGUCAUGCGCGUCAACUGGACUGGUGUUCCCAUUGGUCAAGAGGACGUGACCAAGAGGAACUGGGGCGAGUACUACGUCCGAAGCAUCAAGACAACCUUCGGCUUUGGAACCAUCCUGUAA